AUGGAUAUCACCGGCAAUAUAGAAGAUGGCGGGGUGUCUUCGUUGUCUCACAGGGCGACGAGAAAGAUUCUCGAUUCCACAAGAACGCUGUCUCCGGCCAUAAUCUUUGUCGCCUUUCUCAUAUCGUUCUUGUCCCACUCCAUAAUAUCUGCUAGGAAAAUACCUGCCCUCCAGACAGCCGUACAAACAGGUCCUGGGGGUCGACCGCUACCGAAGCGUAUGCGGAGUAAGGCUGUACUAUCUCCCUCUACGCCUGAUUUCUCACCAAAUGCUAAAUCAGCAUUCAAAUGGCUCUCAGUGGGCGUUUUGCUCACUCUUGUUGCUGAUGCAACGGUUAUUAUCCUCCAAGUCAUUCUGUUCCGAAAAAUGCACUGGUGGUGCGGCCAGUCCACAGUGAUUUACGUCGUCUCCUCUUUUUUCACAUACACCCUAAUCCUGAUCUCUCUGGUGGAUACAACUCCCUCCCCGACUGUCGCUCAGCUAGUCCCAUGGGUCUUGUCUGUACCACUGGAAUUAAUAAUCUUUGUCUGUUCCCUAACCCUCUACACCUCCCCUCACCAUGAGCCAGUUGUAGGGGACCUUAUCGGUGGUCCGUUGAGGAAAACUAUCACUGGCUGGGAAUCACUGGAAGUAGUCAUUGCUGCAGUGAGACUUCUUGUUCUGCUUACCAUUGUGGUUUUCUAUGCCCUGAAUUCCAUUGGAUGGGAAAGCCGUCGUCGUAAGGCUGCGGCUCAUUUCGCUUCCGGGGAAGCUUCAGAGACAACCAGACUCCUGAAUGGCCAUCAUAACGACAUGAAUGGUGAUGGUGAUGGCUACCACACAUCUUCUACAAACUCGAAGCACAACCACGAUUCUAAACCAGUUGAGGACGCCUGGGUAAGACCAACUACUGUGCCGUCAACGAGUUGGUGGGAAUAUCUCAGUGGCUAUUCCCUGUUUUUUCCUUAUCUAUGGCCUUCCAAGUCCCCACGCUUGCAGCUGGUGGUCGUUUUCUGUUUUUUGUUGGUCGUCCUCCAGCGCGUGGUCAAUGUUCUGGUUCCUUACCAGGUUGGUGAAAUAACCAAUGUCCUUUCCAGAGAGGAUGGAGGUCGAUUCUACUUUCCGUGGGGUGGUAUCUGCCUCUAUGUCUUUUACCGCUGGCUACAGGGAAGCCAAGGCCUAAUCGGUUCUUUGCGUUCCAUUUUAUGGAUUCCUGUUGGACAGUAUUCGUACAUGGAACUUUCAACUGCGGCUUUUGAGCAUGUCCACAGCCUGAGCCUUGAAUUCCACCUGGGGAAAAAGACCGGCGAGGUGUUGUCUGCCUUGAGCAAAGGCAGUUCUAUCAACACGUUCCUCGAGCAGGUUACAUUCCAGGUUGUCCCUAUGCUGAUCGAUCUCUGCGUCGCUGUGGGUUAUUUCUGGAUCGUAUUCGACGUUUACUAUGCCCUGGUCGUUGCCAUUGUCACUUUCAUCUACCUCUACGUUACAAUUCGCAUGGCGCAAUGGAGAGCUUCAAUCCGUCGUCAAAUGGUCAAUGCAAGUAGACAGGAAGAUGCUGUGAAAAAUGAUUCGAUGGUGUCUUACGAAACCGUGAAGUAUUUCAACGCGGAGCAGUACGAAUUUAAACGAUAUCGCGGAGCGGUUUCCGAUUUUCAAAGGGCUGAGUAUCAUGUGUUGUUCUCGCUGAACUUGUUGAAUACAUGCCAGAAUACCGUUUUCAUGUUUGGGCUGCUAGUGACAUGUUUCCUUGCUGCAUAUCAAGUUGCGACAGGCGAACAAAAGGUUGGCAAGUUCGUUGCCUUAUUGACCUAUAUGGCACAGCUUCAGGGACCACUUAAUUUCUUCGGGACAUUUUUCCGGUCUAUCCAAUCUGCGUUGAUAAAUUCGGAGCGGAUGCUGGAACUCUUCCGCGAACAGCCAACCGUUGUUGAUGGCCCGAACACGAGUGAACUUCCACGCUGCAAAGGCGAUAUUGUCUUUGACAACGUGGAGUUUGCAUAUGAUCCUCGCAAACCUGCAUUGAACGGGCUAAGUUUCCAUUGCCGUCCUGGAACAACCACAGCGCUAGUUGGCGAGUCUGGCGGGGGGAAAUCAACCGUGUUCCGGCUGUUGUUUAGGUUCUACAAUGCCACCUACGGUGAUAUUCUCAUUGACGGUCACAAAGUUGAGGACCUAACGAUUGAUUCCCUCCGUCGACAUAUUGGUGUUGUUCCUCAAGACACAGUUCUUUUCAACGAAACAUUGAUGUAUAAUCUCAAGUACGCAAACCCGUCUGCCACGGAUGACGAAGUUUACGAUGCAUGUCGGGCAGCAAGUAUUCAUGAUAAGAUUCUUGCAUUCCCAGAUGGAUAUCAAACGAAAGUUGGAGAACGGGGUCUGCGUUUGAGUGGUGGAGAAAAACAGCGGGUGGCUAUUGCCCGCACAAUUCUCAAGGACCCUCGAAUAAUUCUCCUCGACGAGGCAACUGCUGCCCUUGACACUGAAACCGAAGAGCACAUUCAAAGGGCGUUGUCGACAUUAUCCAAAGGGCGCACGAUGCUCGUUAUCGCGCAUCGCCUAAGUACGAUAACGACAGCUGACCAGAUCCUUGUGUUACACAACGGGCAAGUGGCCGAAAGCGGAACUCAUGAACAGCUCCUUAACCUAAAGGGAAAAUACGCGAGCAUGUGGCGAAAGCAGAUUCGCGCGCAAAAAGCAGCUGCAGAGGCGCAGGUAUUACAGGAUCGUGCCCAACGGCUACGGAGCGCAUCUACAGUAGGUGGGGAUGAUAGUUCUAGCCAAUCGGAUGAAGAGCGGAGUGGCUCAAGCUCGAACUCGAGGCCGGCAAGACCGCCAUUCAAUCAACGGGCGACCAAGGUAUCUGAAUCGCUAGGGGCCACAACAUCAUGA